AGUUGACAAUAGGUUAACUGAAUGUGUGGCUAUGCAUCUCUGCUUACAGGUCUACAGACUGACCAAUGGCAUCGUCUGAUGUCAACAUGCACGUGGAGGAGGUGGUUGUCGUGACUACGGCAGACGGGGUGGGACAAGGCAGCCCGGCCGAGGAGAAGAGCAUGUUGGUCACUGCAGAACUGGAGCCGUCGGGAGAGGUGAUGGCUGAGGAGGGGGAGGGCCAACAGCUGGAGCCUGAAACCACCAUCUCCAUACCCAAAGAUGCUGUUAUAGUGAAACUGUCGGAGGAGGUGUCAGUGGAGGCGGAGGUGCUGUACCCCAUCACCUGUGGAGACAGCAAGGCCAUGCUCAUAUGGAAGAAGUUUGUCUGCCCCGGAAUCAACAUCAAGUGUGUGCAGUAUAAUGAGCAUCUGAUCAGCCCCAAGGAGUUUGUGUACCUGGCCGGCAAAUCCACUCUGAAGGACUGGAAGAGAGCCAUACGACUUAAUGGAGCCAUGCUCAGGAAGAUCAUGGACACAGGGGAGUUGGAUUUCUACCAGCACUCUAAGCUGUGCUCCAACACCUGCCGCAGUACCAAAAUCGACCUGAUGGGGGGGCGAGGGUCCCUCAGCAGCCAGACGUCCUUAGAACUCACACCACAGACACCCAGCUCAGAGGUAAAUGGAUCCCCAAGCGCACUGCUCUCAGAGGCCUGCGACGACACCACAGAGUGGGUUACAGCCAUCGGGGAGGACACCAUGAACUUCUGGCGCAACCUGAAGGAGGCAGGUCUUCUGGAGGAAGUGAUGUCAGAGUUGCAGAAGGAGAUGCAGGAAGCGCUGGCUGGGCUGCAGGAGAGGCUGCAACAACCCCCUCUGCUGGUUCCUGAUGCGGCCCUGUUGAAUAAUGUGGUACAGAGCUUCGGUAUGUUGGACCUGGUCAAGAAGGUUCUAGCCGGCCACAAGAGCCAAAUGGACCGAUGCAGAGAACAGUACACACGCAGCCUAGUGGCUCUGGAGCAGCAGUGUGAUGAGCAUCGUAAGCGAGCGCGAGAGCUAAAGAGUCGCUCCCAGACCCUCAACAGCGUCCUGAUGACCCUCACGCCCGUCAGCACGCCCACACAAACCCCAACCACACACUCACACACCCCCACCAAGCGCCCACGCCUCACCCGCGCCGUCUCCGGCCCGGCCUCCAUCACCCUCCCCACCUCCUUCAUCCAAUCAGGAGCCUCUACCUUCACCCUCAACCAAUCAGCAGCCGUGCCCACCGGUCUCGUCCAACCAGCAAGCUCCUCCUCGACCGUGACCCUCCCCCUCACCCAGCUCACUGGUCUGCCUUUGGGCAGAAUGCUGUCUGGGUCCGCCCCUCUACUUGGGGGCGGCGGCUACACGCUGCUGACCUCACCGGGGGAGGGGUUUGGGGAUGGGACAGGGUUGACCCUCCUCAGCUCUGACCCCUCUUCAUCCUCUG